AUGUCUACCUUCCCGACUCCGCUUCCCGUCGUGCUCUGCGGCAAAACAACCAAGAUCGGCAAACCGGUGUCGCAGCUCCUCCAACCAGAAUAUGAAGGUUCCUAUAAAUCUCACAAUGGUCCCACAGUGAUCCACUUCAUCCAGAGCUUCGAAGCAGCAAAAGCGGAGCUCCCGCUUCUCCUUGCGGGCCGCGAUCCCCAGGUGUCAGAGGUCAACGACGAAGGCGUCGGCACACACAAUUACAGCCAGCCUCCGCGCGCUGUGAUCCUGGGCCGAGCUUUUGAUGAGGAUCAGGUCCAGGAGCUCCGACAAGCAUGUGCUGGCGCUUCUCCUGCUCCUGUGGCAUGGCUACUGGGGGAUCCGGCGAAGGCACCUACUGUGAUGCCUGGACCGGACUAUGCGGUUACUGUGACGAAUGACUGUAAAAGCGUUCUUGCUAAAUGGAAGGAGGCGGGAGGUGUCAAUGAAGAUAUUAUCCUCUUUUGA